GCAGAUUACCAAACUAGCUCCAACCGAAAAGGAGGAGAAGCUGGGGGAGAGAGCAAGGAAUGAGGCGAGAGAUACCAAACCCUCCCCGUCCCCAACCUUAACACCAUGCUUCCCUCAUUCCCUCCUCUGCUUUGCCCCAAUGCCACUCCUCCACUAAUGUAUUAAUCCCUCCCUCCGAUUCCGUCCCCGCCGGCACGGACAGCCGAUAGGGAGGGAGGAGGAACCAUGGACAGAGAGGCGGGACCCCACCACCACCAGGCCGCUGCUCCCAGCGGCGCCGGCGCCGGCGAGGUGGAGGCGUCUCACGGCCACGAGCAGCAGCACGAGCGCAAGAAGCGGCGGGUGCAGCAGAUCCGGGAGCCGGAGCGGCGCGAGAGCUCCCGGCUGGUGUGGGCGCUGGUGAUCCUGUGCACGCUGCUGGCCAUCGGCGUCAUCGUCGCCGGCGCCACCGUGUUCGCAGUCUACCUGCUGUACAAGCCCAAGAUGCCGUACCUGCUGGUCUCCGACGCGCGGCUGGAGCGCCUCGAGUACGGCCAGUCGGGGACCAUCCUCGACCUGCAGCUGGCGCUCACCAUCCAAGCCGAGAACACCAACUCCAAGACCGACGCCACCUUCUCCGGCGUCAACCUCGCCGUCGGCUUCCACGGCGCCGACGUCGCGUUGCUGCGCGCCGGGACCUUCGCCGUGGCGCGCCGGAGCGCCGUGCCGCUGCGGUACCAGAUCAUCUCGGUGGGGCGGCAGCUCAGCCCCGAAGGGAUGCAGUACAUGGACGGCGCGCUCAAGGCCGGCAUCGUGCCGCUCGACCUCUUCGGCAAGGCGCGCACGACUUGGAAGGUGGGCAUCUUCGCCUCGCUCCAGUUCUGGACGCGCAUCUCCUGCCGCUUCCUCUUCAACUACCCCGGCAACGGCACCGCCAUGCCCAUCGACUGCCGAUCCAAGUCGCCGUAGCUCCAAGUCAACUGCUCUCUCUCCAUUGUGCCAUUCAUUCGUUCGUUCAUUCCACAGCAACAAUUGGCAGAUACAUACGUCAAUGCGCCAUACUUGUACAGGCGAAUAAUGCUGGUACAUAUAAUCCCCAAGUGCAGGAAGUCAGGAACACACACUCAUUUGUAAUCUGUAAUUCAUUCUUUUUUUUUUCCUUCUUUCCAUUUACUGUUGAAUUAGGUGCAGUUCAGUGAGGUUGAGUUGUGAAUUACUGAACUGUAAUGGGUGGAUUCCAAAUCUCAGUAAAUCAGGAACGAGCUCCAAAAUGCCGUAAUUUCGUGAC